AUACUGAGUUGAGCUGGUAGUGUGCGCUGAACUGCGCCAGGGACUUUGGCUGCGCGCGCGUGUGUCUGUGCGUGUGCGUGCGUGCGUGUGUGUGUGUGUAUGUCCGCGCGCGCACUAAACUGAGCUUUUCCACACUCAGUGGUCCAUAGAUUCGCAGGAAACUCAUUUGGAAUCGGAGUUUAAAAUUAUGCCACGGUAUUCCAGGGCAGAAGUGGAGACGGAUCAGCCGAAGGAAACGUGUCUGGGCUUCAUUUUGUCCGGAUUGGUUGCAUCUGUCAUUUCGUGCAGGAGUGCGUUUUUACACACAGGUCCAUGAGAGGAGCGCGAGCAGGGCGCAGAAAAGAUGGCAAGAGGUGGUGGAAUCAGCAGGAUCCCAUUGCAACAUCUGCCCAGUGUCACCUGACCUGCUGGAAGGUGAUUUUCCUAAUGAGUGUGUGUCUGCUGGAGAUUGUGGAUGGGCAAAGACUUGAAGAGAAGAGGGAAGAAUCACACUCCACCACACUGAUGGCCCAAAAAGAGCAGAGACGACCUCCGUGGGCUGUACUUUCUGAUCCAUCCUUGGCAGAGGAAGGAGAGGAAUACAGGGCCAGAUGGCACCGGUCUCUAGCAGACAUUUCUGUCGCUUAUCAAAAAUCCCGCAAAGAACGCAAGAAAAGAAAGCGGCAGCGAGAAAAUCUGAACCAGGACUGUCACCUAGAGAAGAAACAGAUGCGGGUGCGUGACCUUGGCUUAGGCUAUGAUUCAGACGAAAUUGUGCUCUUUAAGUACUGUGUGGGGACGUGCAUGAGUUCUCGGAGGAACUAUGACAUGGCGCUUAAAAUUCUGACUGAGAACGGCAGCAUCUUGGGCCGGGAUGUAAGCACUCAUCCGUGCUGCAGGCCUACACGGUUUGAGGCAGUGUCUUUCAUGGACACCCGAACAAACUGGCAAACCAUCCGGUGGCUCUCAGCAGCCAACUGCAGCUGUGUGGGGUGAGAGGAGGAGAGAGAGUAGCUUGGUAACAAUGAGUACAUAGUCAAACUCUCCAGGAUGGAUGAAGAUGAGGAUUUGUCAAAGUUGUAUCUCUCCUGGCACCUUAGAUGGAAGACUUCAACUGGUUGUUCAUUAAGGAGCAAAACGACAGAUGCAGAUGUUGCAGCUGUCGUGCCAUGAAUGGGGUGGAAACGAUUGUGCUUUCCUGUCAGAGAGAGUGGAGAGGAUGCUCAUCUGAUGCUGUAGGGAAUACGAACUGAUGCAUAUGAGAAGGAAACUGAGGAUGCAUUAUGAAAAGCAUCAUAUAUCAAUAAGAGAUAAAAACUGUUAACAGUACUGUACAGAAUUCUUCUUGGACAAUCUUGCCACUGUAGGAGCCAAGAACUUAGUAGCCAAACCUUGAAGGAGGGUCUAUUCUGUGGAAGGGCAGAACUGAUAUGACACCAGUCACUCACACACACACACACACACACACACACAUACACACACACACACACACACACACACACACACACACACACACACACACACACACACACACAUAUACAUACACAUUAUAUUACAUGUCACCUUCCCUUCAUAAAGUAACAGCCUCUGUCAAUAAGUUAUCAAACAGCCACCUGGGUGAUUGUAGUACUCAUCAGAUAUGUGCCGAUUUUAAAUAUUCAUCAUGAUACUAAAUAUUUAUCGUGAUAAUUGCCUAACCUUUUUAUCCUGGAACAUUACAGUGUACUGUACUAUAUGUUGAUCCAACAAGAACACAUCAUAUCUUGUCCAAAAUCAGGAACCUUGCAAGACAGUCCUACCAUGCCAGCGUAUGCAACACAAUGUAUGCUAAAGCAUGUUAUAUUACUGUGUGGUUUACACUUUGAAAAUGUACAGAGUCCAGCUUCUUGCACUCACUAGAAGACACAUGCAGCCUCUCCUUCACCUCGGCCCAGGAUGCACAUCAGCAUAGGCUCACGUAUUGCUACAUUAGCAACUCUUUUACAGUAGGGAGCAUUUUUAAAAAAUGAUUUUUAAAAGGUCAGUCCUGAUUCUGGUGGAUUGAUGACAUUUAUCUUGUUGAAGAACCAGUAACAUACUUAUUUCCUUACCUUAUUACCUCAUUGGCUUUUCUGUAUUGUUGAUUUUAUUUGAUCGCAGUUCUCUUGUUAUUAUAACAGUUUGGAAACUAAUUAUGAUAUGCAUUGUGUUUUUAUGUCUUGUUUAUACAAAGGUUUGAGGACUAUGACUUUCAGUUUCAGGUAAAUCAUUCAAUGGGCAUUAUAUACAGAAUCUGAGUCUUACAUUUAGCUGAAGAUUAGAUGUUGAUAAAAGAAAGCAUUAAAUGACUUGCCUAGUUUGCAUGUCUAUAAGCAGCAGUUCACUCAGAGAACUUCAGACAGGACUUUUGUCAUGCUGAUGUGGAUAUAAAAUUCAUAAUUGGGUGAGUUUUUGACCUGUUGACCUUUAGAUACUGCAUUUCAAAUCUGCAUUUACAUCUAACAAAGCAAUUUUUAGAGCAUGUUGAUAUUAGAGGAAGCAGCGUGCCACAACUGAUAAAAAAAAAAAAACUUGCCGAAAUUUCAUAAUUGUUGCACAGUUUGUGUCAUUUCUAUUAUUCGUGGUAGAAGAGGAACUGUGUAGUUGUCAUUCAUGGCAGUGAUGAAAUUCUUUAGUUUCUCAGAACCUCUGUUGAAACAUGGCAAUUGAUUUGUGCUUUGCUACUUGACACAGCAUUAAAAGUAGGAAAACCGUCACUCAGCAUCAUACACAUUUGCUUAUGUUUAUGAAUUGGCUCAAAAAUAUGCCAAACCAGAUAUGAUACCGGUCCAGUGUUUUGAAAUUGGUCCAAUUGUGAUACAUUGAGGGUUCAAUCAUCAACUAAUUCAUAGGUUAAAGCAAGCAUGACAGUAAAAAAUACACUGAUGAAUGCAAAUCCAACUGCAUUUCAACAGUAUCUGCACAUUAACAGUAUUUUAUGUUCACUGUUCAUUUCAUAUUGGAACACACACUGACAAAUAGGCAUGGUAGCGCUGCUUUUCAUGCAGGCCAUGCUCACUUUCUCCUCACAUUAUUUCUGUAUUGUGGCACAUUAUUUCUGUAUAAACGAAUUGUAUUUACAUGAAGGGAAUUGGUAACUAAUGGAGUGAUGAGGUGGUCUAACAAUGCAGUGCUGGAAACAGACUUGUCUGAUAUAAAUGCAUCAGACAUACCCAAACAGCAUUGUCUCCAAUGUUAUAUGGCAGCAUUCUAAUACUGUUUUUAACACACACUUGUCGAUUGUCACCUUUGUUCCCCGUCACCCUGUUGUGAACUGUUCCAUGGUUUCAGUAGCGCAAUUGAGGUUUGUAAGAUGACCCAGGAGGAGGGACAAUACUGUAGGUUUCAAUUUACAGUCCAUUUGCAAGUGCGAGACCUAUGCGGUGCAUAACGUCUGUGACACAGUUCAGCCACAAAAGUUUAGAAAAGUUCAAGUAUAUGCAAAUGAUCUCUCGGCUAAUCAGAUAAGGGUAGAAGUUUGAGCAGGAAAACUUUUUUCAAUUAGAAUACAGCUUGUAAUGAAAUUGUAAUAAUAUUGAAUAAAUAGUAGCUUAAUCUUUAGUUAUUAUUAAUAUUAUUACUAUUAAAAAAUAUCAAUUUUAUGUACCUGCUAAAGAAAUUGAUUUUUUUUUAAAAAAUGUUAAAAACAGUAUUAUAACUUAAAGCAUAAAGGUAUAUGGUUAGAAGGUUAGAAUUUGUGUUGCUUUCUGCAUUACUCCUUAUUUAAAGGAAUUAAUUGGUUUCAAAUGAAAAUUGACACAUUAUUUCCCUUACACCAAAUGUAGUCAAUUAUCCAAAACAUGUACAAAGUUUGCUCCUUUAGUUUUACACUGGAGCUAAAUGGCUAAUGAAGUUAAGUAAGGAAAAGAAUUUGGCCAAUUUCAUUCUGGCCGAACCUUCUCCUUAACUGAACACAGAAAGUGAAGUCCAUUUUGAAACUUGUCUUGUUUUGGGGGGAAAUCUCAUUUGCUCUGAUGAGGAAAAAUACUUUUGGGGAGUCUGGACCCUGUGAACAUGUAAAAGGACGCUGUAUUUGAGAUGUUAGUUUUUAUUUGAUUGUUCUAAGCACAGCUGAUUGUUGUUUUUGUGUUAGAACAGUGUGAAUGAUGACCACCUCUUCCCCACUGGAUGCUAUGCAUCCCCUGCUUUAUUUAAGGGAAAAGUUUAUUAGACAUAACUUAUCUAUUUAUCAUUGUAUUCGUAUGUUUGUUCCCAUAAUUAUUAGAUGCUUAUAAUUUAUCAGCUGACUGUUGUUCAAUUUACUAUUCAUAUGUUUCCUUAAGGAUUGUAAAUAGAAAAUGAUUUUAAAAAUUUUUUUUAAAAACAUUAUUACUGACACAGUUAAGGAAAGGAAUAAUGUGUUCUCAUCAGGUUUUAAGCACCACAAUGCAAAACAAUCAAUUUAUCCUCACAUAGAUAAAUGAAAUGUAAUUUAUAUUGUAACACAUAAAAAUGCAGUUCAAUAUGCAAAGCCAUUAUUAUUAUUAUUAUUAUUAUUAUUAUUAUUAUUAUUAUUAUUAUUAUUGUUAUUGUUAUUAUUAUUAUUCAACUGUGUCUUCAAUUUUACUGUAAAGCAUCACGUAGACUCUAUUUUUGUACAUCUCUUCUGUAAAGGAAUAAAGGUUUUGUA